CUUGUAUUGAACAUUAUCAACACUUGAAAGGUGCCUGAAGCACGAGGGUACGAGCGAAGGCCAUGCACGAGGCUAGCGCCGCAGGUGACGUCAGCCUGGCCGGAUGAAGCCCCGCCAUAGGCUCCUGGUUUCGAACGCUGCUUCAACGCAACGUAGCUUUUACCAUGUCAGAUGCAUCUUCAGACUAGAAUCGUAGUUACUUCCACUUCUAUCAAUAUCCUAUGCCUCUUCUGAUUCCGAGCUAUCAUAGACCCCACAAACUGCCCGGAAACGACAAUGACAGCAAAUCUAAGCAAGAUCAAUCGUUCAAGGUUCUAUUUUGAAUGGAAAGGCCACCAAAUACAGGACCUCACCUCAUUUCACGCUAUAACCACGACGCAGAGGCCAGACAAACCUAUCGUGUACCUUGCAGGCGACUCUUCACUGGACAACAAGUACUGGGUGAGCAACGAUCAAGGACUGGACGUUGAGGUUCCGGACAUAUACAACCAUGCACUAGACAAGCCUACACCAAAGCCUGAUGUCUCAUUUUGGAUGAAUCAUUUUCUUGGAGUCCGCGCGACAUGUGUCAAUACCGCCGUGGAAGAGUCCAUGCUGCGCCAACGAGACGAGGAGCUGCUUCCACACGACAAGUUCAUCCGUGACACCAUCCGUUCCGAAGAUGUCCUGAUCGUCAGUGUGGGCGCCAACGACAUUGCCCUCAAGCCGCUCCCGUGCACAAUUCUACACAUGCUCCAACUCGCCUGGAUCACCCCUCGUUCCUCGCUCGAGAAGGGCACCGCAUCGUCUCUCAAGUAUUUCAAUAAGAUGUUCUGCGACAAGGUACAAGGCUACGUUGAUCGCAUGACUGCUAAGACACGACCACGAGCUGUUAUUAUCUGUAUGAUUUACUUCCCGCUCGAAUCUGGACAUGGGCAAUCGAGUUGGGCGGACAUGCAGCUCAAGGCUCUAGGCUACAACACUUGGCCUGAGCAGCUUCAGACAGCAAUCGUCACACUCUACAAGACAGCGACACAAAACAUCAAGAUCCAAGGUACUGAGGUUGUACCCUGUGCAUUGAACGAAGUCCUGGAUGGGAAGCUAGCCGAGGACUAUACUGCGAGGGUGGAGCCCAAUGAAGAAGGUGGAAGAAAGAUGGCACAAAAGUUUGUCGAGCUCUUGAAAACAAUCUGGCCCGAAUUUUUGACGGAGGAUCAAAUUCCUAUCGAGUAACCGCGUAGAAGAUACUAAUGUGACAAUAUCUUACUCGGGGACGGUGGACAGCUUUAUUUUGAACUGCAGCCCAUGUCUAGCCCAUGUCUAGCUCAACGACUUUGUGGUCCCCUUCUUGUGCUCUGUAGUAGGCUCGGUCUCCAUACC